GAACUCCAAGGCUGCAUGGCCGCCGUCUACGAAUGGGCCGACAGCUACGACAGCAAAGACUGGACCCGUCUCUCCAAAUGCAUCGCCCCGACCCUCCGCAUCGAUUACCGCUCCUUCCUCAACAAAAUUUGGGAAGCCAUGCCGGCCGCCGACUUCAUCACCAUGGCGUCCGACCCGCACGUGCUCGGCGACCCAUCCCUGAAAACCCAGCACUUCAUCGGCGGCACCAAGUGGGAGAAGGUCUCCGACGACGACAUUAUCGGCUACCAUCAGCUGCGCGUGCCGCAUCAGAAGUAUACGGAUGCGUCGUGCACGGUUGUGGCGGUGAAGGGACAUGCGCACAGUUUUAACACGCAUUGGUAUAAGAGAGUCGAGGGCGUUUGGAAGUUUGCGGGCUUGAAUCCGGAGAUCCGCUGGACGGAGUAUAACUUCGAGGAGGUGUUUGCGAGUGGGAGGGAGAAGUUG